UCCAGAGAGUUUAUUAAGUCCCUUGCAUGUUUAACAACUUCUCCAGGACUCAAAAGUCGCCCUAUAUAUAAAUCUUUUUAUACAGGCUAACAAACCCUUCAACUCAAAAAUCACACAAGCUCAAAGAUGGAGAUUUUAUCACAAAUGUGGUCAUUCUUAGGCCUCCUCACAGUGUUACAAAACAUCUUGCCUACUCAAAUUCUUUCUCUUCUCCACUCUUUCUAUGAGUCUCUUCAGGACUUGUUUAGUCCUUAUUCGACCUUCGAAAUUCCUGAAUUUAAUGGCUACUGCAACGUCGAUGUUAACGAACUCUACCGCCAUGUCAACCUCUAUCUCAACUCUGUCAAUCCCUCCACCACCUGCCGCCGCCUCACGCUCUCUAGGUCCAAAUCGUCCAACCGGAUUUCAUUCACCGUGGCGCCUAAUCACACUGUCCGCGACACUUUUUCAGGGCACCGCGUGUCGUGGACACACAAUGUGGAGACGGUGCAGGAUUCGGUGGACGAGAAGCGUAGCUUCACCCUCAAGUUACCUAAACGCCAACGCGCAGUAAUAUUGUCAGCGUACCUCGAACAUGUGACCUCUCGUGCACAGGAGUUCGAGAGAGUGUCGAGGGAGAGGAGGCUCUUCACUAAUAGCGGACAUGCUGGCUCGUUCGAGUCAGGAUGGUCCGCCGUGCCUUUUCGCCAUCCUUCUACAUUUGAAACCCUGGCCUUAGAGCCGGAGCUCAAAAAACAUAUAACGGAGGACUUGACUGCGUUUUCGCAGGGAAAAGAAUUUUAUCAUAAAAUUGGACGUGCAUGGAAACGCGGUUAUUUGUUGCAUGGCCCGCCCGGAUCAGGAAAAUCAAGCCUCAUUGCGGCUAUGGCAAAUUACCUUUGUUAUGAUGUGUAUGAUCUUGAAUUGAGCAAGGUAUCGGAUAAUUCCGAGCUCAGAUCUUUGCUGAUCCAAACCACAAACCGAUCAAUCAUCGUUAUAGAAGAUAUUGACUGUUCUACUGAUCUAACCGGAGACAGGGUUUCCAAAAAAGUUAAAUUGUCAUCAACAAACAAAUUCCGUCAGGCAAACAUGGAUCCCUGUGAGGAUAACGGCCGGGUAACUUUAUCAGGCUUGUUAAAUUUCACAGACGGCUUAUGGUCUUGCUGCGGAGAAGAAAGACUAAUUGUGUUCACUACAAAUUAUCGCAAUAACGUUGAUCCGGCCCUUGUCAGAUGUGGGCGCAUGGACGUGCAUGUCAGCUUAGGCCCUUGUAACAUGUACGCUUUCAAGACCUUGGUGAAGAACUACUUGAAAGUGGAGACUCACCCGCUGUUUGAUGUGGUGGAGAGUUGCAUUAGGUCCGGCGGGGCCCUCGUUCCGGCUCAAGUAGGAGAGAUCUUGUUGAGGAACAGACGUGACGCUGAUGUGGCGAUCAAGGGGGUGGUGUUGGCAAUGCAGGCCAAGAUAUUGGGUGGUGACAUGGAGGCGGUGGAGGGUGGGUUGGAAUUUGAUUAUAGUUCAGGGGCUUCGGAGAGUUUGGAGCUGAGGUUGAUGGAGUCCCCGGAGAACUCAGAUGGGUCGCCGGUUAGGAACGGUGGGAAGAAGAGAAGGACAGAGGGGUCGAGUUGGGACAGGAAGGUUAAGUUUCUGGCGAGGCUCAAGUCUUUGUCUAAAUCCGACACUGAAAGAAGAGGUGUCUAAUUGUAAUGUAUUAACUCCUAAGUUAUUGAUUUCGUGAACCGGGUUUCUACUUUCUGCUUCCAAAUUCAGUCAAAAAGACUGUAGAAAAGAAAGGAAGCUAUCUGACGAAGAGUAUAGUGAAUAAGUUAGUAGUGCUAAAUAUUUUCAGAUUCUAUAUUUAAAAAAAACUACUAGAUUAUAACCUUGCCGGGUGAUUAAUAAUAUUUAUAAUUUUAUUCUGUA